AACAAUUUACAAAAUAAAAGCCAAAAAUACAAUUUUACCCCAUUUUUCAUCUUCUUCGUGGUUAUCCUUCUCUCACUAUUCAUCUUCCCUUCUCCUCAACCAUUGUUUAUCUCCACAUCCUUAUCCUUUCUCUAGCCACUGACUUCCUCCCUAUUCUUUCCCAAUCAUUCGAGUUCUAUUUAUCUUUUUGGGGACUUAUCGAUAUUAUAUUGAAUUUCAAUGUGUUUCACAAUCCAAGAAAUUCGUGGGAAGGGUCCCCUUUGGAUUUGGAAAAGUAUAGAUUCAAGAAAUAAGAGAAUUAAGGAUACCCACCAGAAAAACUAAUCCAAUCCAUAAUGUACCAAAAAAUACGAGAUUUUCGUUACUCACCCAGCUUACACUAAUUAGUAAGAUUAACAAAGUAGCAAUUAAUGC